CGAGCAGAAUCAUGGCUCUGGCAUCAUCGUUCCUUCUCUCCUGUCCACAGCCGUCGACCCGAAGUACGCGCCUGAAGCAAGGGUGAUGGCAUAGGUUCCAACAUAUGUCAUACAAUGAGUGAAAGCGACAUGAUGCCCAACAGAAUCGAUUAGGCACGACCAAGAUGGCUCAAGCCCCUCCAGCCCUUGGGCGAAAAUCAUCGGCCCCAUGGGACAGGUUACGGCCUGUGAAGCAAGAUCCUUUGGAGGCAAUGGGAUUCGUUUCCAAGGGUGAUAACAGGCUGCUCGACCUCAAAACUCAGGAGAGCUACUACCACAAGAUUGUUGCUCGCUACAUGCAAUUCUGCGCACGACACUCGAAGGAUCUCGACAGUGCUUUUGCAUCUUUGAAUCUCGAUGAGGGUCAGCCGCCGGCCUUGGAUUCCUCAAGGAAACCCACCGGGAAGUCGACCAAUCCUCAACCUGCACCGGCUCAGACCCCAUCCCAACAAGACUUCAUGGCCCCCAAUAACACUCAAGCGACGAAUGCCGCAUUACCAUUACCAGCGUCCGAACUAUCGAUCAUCCUUCUAGCAUUGCGAAAGUUACGCGAGGGUCUGCUUGCCAGCUCUACAUCCGCACCAAGUCCAGUCUUUUCCCAACGAGUUCAUGUGUUCAACAUCCGAGUCGCCGUCCUCGCGCUGCACCCGGAGGGCUACCAUCCUUCAUUGCUACACCUCCUGUCUGUCCUGCACACACCCGAGUAUCCCCUGCCACGAUCCGAGUUAGUAGAGAUGACGGCCUACUUGAUCCUGGACACAGCUAUCCGGCAGCGUGAUCUUUACCAAGCAUAUGCUUUGAGGUACAACAGCCGUAUCCGCUUUGGGUUCAAAAGUCGAGAUGUCGACGGUGUAUUGAAAUCACUUGUUAUGGGAGACUGGGUCACGUUCUGGCGUGUUCGACAGAAGGUUGAUGGCUACGUGCGAGCGAUCCUUCAUUGGCACCUCGAAACACAGCGCAAGAUGGUGCUUAAAGCAAUAGGUCGGGCCUACUACGCCUGUGACGUCAACUGGAUCCUACAGAGCGCCACUGGCGGCCAACUGAGCUGGAACGAACUGGUCAAUGUAGAAGAUGUUGGCUGGAUGCGAGAAGGCGAUAAGGUCGUGAUCCGGAAGCCCAAGCCCAAGACCAGCUAACCCUAGAUAUUCAAAUCGCGAGCGAU